AUAUACAGAUCAAUUGACCCUUUGUUGGGCGUAUUUACAGGCUUUCUUUCUUUCUACUUAAACGAAACACAUCCAAAAACAUACAGGGAGGAACCUGAUAGAUUGAUUAGCCUAAUAAAAUGGAAGUUAGACCAGCGGAGACUAUCUACACAAAAUGACGACAACAACGACAGCGAUUUGAAUGAUUUAAUACAACAAUUUAAUAAUACAAAAUAA